CAGCUACAAGUUCAAGUACAAACUUCAAGUGACACACACGUGUUUUAUGCGAAGUUUGUUUACCUUCAAAACACAUUUCUUGUUUGCCCCUUGAAUAUUUCCGAUCGGUGGGAACGUUUUAACAUAUCGUUGUUGUCGACAAGUGUUCGCUGCGCUGUACCACGAAGAUACAAGAGAGAAAAAUAAUCGUGACAAUAUGAUAUGAACGAACUAAAAAGACUUUACUGUUCCACACAUCAAGAGAUUAGUGAGUAUGAAGUCCUUUAGAUCUCCAGGGCGUCAUGGAUAUGCAGUGGAGGUUUCACCUUUUCUGCCUUCUACAGUCGCGUGCGCUUCAUCUCAGUAUUAUGGAAUAGCAGGAUGUGGGACACUUCUUGUGUUGGAGCAGAGUGAGGAAAAUAUUUCAGUUGUGAGGAGCUUUGACUGGAAUGAUGGGCUCUUCGAUGUGACGUGGAGUGAGAACAAUGAACAUGUUUUGGUAACGGGAGGAGGUGAUGGAUCUCUGCAGAUCUGGGACACGGCCAAUCCUCAAGGUCUUCUGCAGGUGCUGAAAGGUCACACACAAGAGGUGUAUGCGGUAGAUUGGAGUCAAACGCGGGGGGAGAAUCUAGUGGUGUCAGGAUCAUGGGACCGUACAGCCAAAGUGUGGGAUCCUGAACAAUGUCAGUUAGUUGGGUCCCUCCAGGGUCACGAAGGCGUCAUCUACAGCACCGUCUGGUCUCCUCAUAUGCCAGCAUGCUUUGCUUCAGCCUCAGGGGAUGGGACCCUGCGAGUUUGGGAUGUGAAGGCAGGAGCGUGCAGGCUGGCCAUUCCUGCCCACAAGGCCGAAAUACUGAGCUGUGAUUGGUGUAAAUAUGACCAGAAUGUUCUGGUCACCGGAGCCGUAGACUGCAGUCUUCGUGUAUGGGACCUGCGAAACGUCCGGCAUCAUUUAGCUGAGAUGAUAAGCCAUUCUUAUGCCAUCCGCAGAGUAAAGUUCUUCCCAUUUCAUCAGACAGUUUUGGCAUCCUGCUCCUAUGAUUUCACAGUCAGACUCUGGGAUUACUCCAAGAACCAGCCACUUCUGGAAACACUCGAGCAUCACUCUGAGUUUGUGUGCGGCCUGGAUUUCAACCUGCACGUCCCUAACCAGGUUGUGGACUGUUCUUGGGAUGAGACAGUAAAGGUCUACACCCCUUCAUGCCUGACCUCCUUAUAGGUCUUGGUGCACUGUGGGAAGAUGAUGCUGUAAGAUACGGCUGUGUUUCAAUCAUGGGUGCAGAGUUUGCCAAGAUUCCAGUGAGCUUUUCCUAAUGAUGCCAUUAAAGCAAGCCGAGGGACUCAUCAUUCUGGAGUACAAACAAGGAUGUUAUCUCAGUGUAGAACUUUUCUAUAUUGAGGGUUUUGGGUGUUUUAAAAGUGUAAAAUCAAACUAAAAUGUGAGUGUCUAUUUGCUUAAAGUUUGUAGGCACAGUAAUGCGUACUGUUUGCCUUAUGUGGUGUUUUGUUAAAUUGAAGUCAAUGCAAUCUGUCAGUCUCAGCUGUGGUAAAAUCUUAUUUUGAUACACAUUCAGACGUAAAUACAAAUUGAUAUUUUAACAAAUUCACGAGUCAGGAACAUCAUGGCACUGAAUAAUUACUUCAUUCAUAUACUGUGAUUUUAUCAUAGUGCUUUUUUACCCUAAUUGUUCAAUUUUGUAAAUAUGCAAACGUAAAAGAAUAUGCAGAAAAAGACUGCAAUUUUUAAAGCUUUAUCAAUGAUGAGGUGUUAACUGAAUGACCUUGAAUCCCCGAAACUAUUAUGAAAUAUGUGCCACUGUAAACCAAUUUUAAUUGUUAAUGCAGUCUUGUUUCAUGUUGAAGCACACUCUUUAUAACAACCUAACAUAAGCUUCAACAUUCACAGAGGCUUUCUGUUGCACAAAAGGGUUUUGGAUGAAAGGGGUUCUAAUAAAAAGUACAGAAGUAUCUAAUAAAGAGUAAGAAAGAAAUGGCUCUUUUUAGAAAAAAGCUCUCCAAAAAUGUUUAAUGUCAAAAGCUCAUUUAUUUUAAAGAGUGCAGAUCAAUAAAUGGUUACUUGACUAAUUGAAGUACA